AUGGCUCUCCCACCCCGCUUCAAGCUAAUCUUCACUGUGCCCCAAUCGUCGCUCGCCAAAUGCAAGGCGGCCAUCUUCGCCGCAGGCGCAGGUAGCUAUCCUGGGCCUGGCGGUUACACGGAAGUCUGCUUCACGAUGCCUGGAACCGGGCAAUUCCGGCCUGGAAAGGCUGCGAAUCCUAGUAUUGGAAGUUCCGGUGAGCUCGAGCAAGUCGAGGAAGUUAGAUGCGAGACGCUGUGCGUGGGCCAGGAAGUUGCGAAGAAGGCCGUACAAGCAUUGAAAAGUGCACAUCCGUACGAAGAGCCUGCUUACGAGGUCUACAAGCUCGAGGACUUUUAG